AGAGAAAAGUCGACUGGCCAAGCUCUACUAGCCAAUGCAGUCUAUUGUGAUCAACUAGAGAGGUCACACUGCUGCUUGUAGGUCACCAUCUUCUGUGACCUUUUGUUGUGUUUGAAAUAAGAGACUUGUAUUGAUAUUAUACAGAGACACACGAGGCCUGCACCUCCAGGCACUCAUAUAUCUUCACAUUCCUGACACAGUAGAAGUGGUGCUGCAGGAGGUGGUCCCCGGCGUGUGAUGGUGGAGGUGUGUGUGUGUCAGGAUGCAGGGCAGGUGGGCAGGCUUCAGCAGGUGGUGUGGGCACAGCAGGAGAGCAGAACCAGCAGGUGGUGUGGACCAGAUGGUGCUGCUGGAAGUGACCAUCUUACUGCUGCUGCUGCUGGAGGCACACACAACUCAGGGUUUUAAGACUCCAGACACAAGUGUGAAGCUGAAGAAGGAGGAUCUUAAGUUCUUGUUCGGAGACGCUGACGUACCGCCACACUCCAUCAUUAACAUCAAGAGUCACUCCAGGGAGAAAAGGUCAUCGUCCAACCUAACGGAGUACCCUGGAUUUAUUGACCUGACCCUCAGUGAUGACCACGACCAGGUGGAGUUCGAGUUACGACCCAACUACGACCUGUUGUCGCCCAGGUUUAUGUUGGUGGUACGUGGGGAGGAGGGUGUGACCCAGGAGAGGGGCGUGCCCGGCCACACCUGUUAUUACUCUGGUCUGGCCAAGGGCAGACCUGACACUGCUGCAGCUCUCUCCAACUGUGACGGUCUGGGAUAUACUGGGGUGAUUAUGUCGUCAAACUACACUCACCUGGUACGACCUCUGCCGACCAAUCAUCUACGUAGACGACGUCAGACAUCAUCCAACAAGGAUGUGCACGAGGCUGGUGGCGUCACCGCUGAUGGUCUCCACGUCAUCCAUAACAAGAACAAGAACUCCAAAUGUGCCGUCUUUGAUCUGAACGCCAUGAGAGCUCCUCGUGUAAUCAUAGACCUGGCUAAUGAGAACAACAUUGAACAAAAUGAUGAACAAAGCAGUGAUAACAGUGGUGAUACAAGCCACCACAAGAUAGAUAAGCGUGCCACCACUGCUGAUAGACAGAUUGAGACAGCUGUGUUUGUUGACGAUGCUAUGUAUAACGUUAUCAAAGAUCGUAAUCCCAGCUUAGACGUUAUAAAAACCAUCACUGACUUAGUGUUGACUAUCAUGAACGCGGUACACCUGAUGUACAACUCACCCUCACUGGACACACAUCUGACCAUCACACUGGUCAGACUUGACAUCAUCAAGUCAUCCUCCAGCGGUCCACCCAAGGCCAGCGGUAACAUUCAACUGUACCUGAGCAACUUCUGUGGCUGGCAGAUGGACCAGAAUGAAGAAGCAGCCAAGACAGGAGACGCCUGGGACCACGCACUUAUGCUCUCUGGCCUCGACCUGUGGGAUGGCAAACCCGACGAGACCACAGUCAUAGGUCUGGCAUGGGUAUCAGGAAUGUGUCAGUCCAGGUACUCGUGCACCAUCAACGAAGGCACUAGCUUCGAAGCAGUCUAUGUUAUCACCCAUGAAAUGGGACACAACCUGGGUAUGUCUCACGACGGGUCACGGGAGGACAGAAACACGUGUGACGGCACAAAAUACCUCAUGUCACCCUCGACGGGGCCGGGCAAGGUCACCUGGUCUAAAUGUUCCAACAAGGAGCUCAAGACCUUCCUGAAGUCCCUACAACCAGACUGCCUCUCCAACCAGGCCAGGACGGCUCGCAACUUGGAGUUCGACAAAAAUCUGCUACCAGGUGAGAGGUACACCAAGGAGGAACAGUGUACCUUUGCUGAGGGAUCCGCCUUCAAGCCCUACGUCACCUCUAAAAACCCUUACAACGACGUGUGUCGGGAGCUGUGGUGCCAGAAUACAACCCAUGCCAUCCGUACCCACCCGGCAUUAGAGGGCACCACCUGUGACCUUAAGAAGUUCUGUAUCAGCGGACAAUGUGUACCGAAGCCGGACAAGACGCCUCCAACUUCGGACUCGGGCACCAAGAAGGAUCCGUCACCAGCCAGCGGAACUAACACCAAUCAAAUAGACACCACACCAUCCAGUGGCUUUUCUAGCUUAUUUAGGAGAAUCAGGAAUCUCUUCAGCAGGUAUCUGGCACUCACCGGAGGACUGCCGGAAUCUGUGUUUACAUCAAGUUGGAAGCUUACUAACGUGUCAGCUUGCUCAGCUGCCUGCGGUGGCGGCUGGCAGAAAAGUGAGAUCACCUGCACAGCGUCAGAGGGAACUAUAUAUCUUACUGACGCCAUGUGUGACCCACAGUCGCGACCUCCUGUCAAGGCUGCCUGCAAUACCGUUCCUUGCAUUGCAGGUCACACGCAGCGGAAACAGUCCCCGAAUGCAUAAUGCAGGAUCGUUUGUAGAUCAGUGAUAUCACCAAGUCAAGCUCCUGCUUUUUUAAAUCAUAACUCCUUGCUGUGUAGUGGCUUGUCAUGUAGUACAUUACCUCAGUUGUCUCAUAUU